AUGGACCAAGGAGGCGAGGCUAACACUGUUCCUCCUCCCCAAACAGACCGCGAGAUCUUCCGCGUCCGCGAUGAGCUGGCCGCCGCCGAGGGCCCAGGCGUCACCUUCUACGACUUCCUCGGCGUCCCGCCCUCGGCCUCGAUGGACGACAUCAACAAGGCCUACCGCAAGAAGUCGCGCGCCCUGCACCCGGACAAGGUCAAGAGCAACCUCGCCGCCGAGCGCGCCAAGGCCAAGAAGGCGGCCGCCGCAGCGGCAGGGGGAGGCAAGAAGAAGAAGGCCGGCGCCACCGUCGCCAAGGCCCCGACCCAGGCCGAGGUCCGCGCCGCCAUCAAGCGCGCCUCGGAGCAGCAGGCCCGCCUCAGCAUCGUCGCCAACGUGCUCCGCGGGCCCGGCCGCGACACCUACGACCACUUCCUGCGCAGCGGCUUCCCCGUCUGGAAGGGCACGGGCUACUACUACAACCGCUACCGGCCGGGGCUCGGCACCGUCAUGUUCGGCCUGUUCCUCUUCGUCGGCGGCGGCGCCCACUACCUCGCCCUGUACAUGGGCUGGAAGCGCCAGCGCGAGUUCGUCGAGCGCUACAUCCGGUUUGCGCGCCACGCCGCGUGGGGGGACAACCUGGGCGCCAACAUCCCGGGCAUCGGCGAGGCGGCCGCCGCCCCGGCCCCGCCGCCGGCCCCUCAGCAGCAGGCGUAUGCCGACGAGGACGGCCGGCCCGUCGCGCUGAACCGCAAGCAGCGGCGCAUGCAGGAGAGGGAGGACAAGCGCGAGGCCAAGAGCGGCAACGGCGGGCGCAAGGGACGCAGAGGCGCCCCCGGCAGCGGUGCGGGCAGCGGCACCGCGACCCCGACGCAGCAGGCGCUGCAGGGCGCCGGCCCCACGGGCGCCAAGAAGCGGGUCGUUGCUGAGAACGGCAAGAUCCUCGUCGUCGACUCGCUGGGCGAUGUGUACCUCGAGCAGGAGGACGAGGACGGCAACGUUGGCGAGUUCUUGCUUGACAAUGCUAACAUGAUCAACCACCACGCACAGCCCAACGAACUGGCUCGCCCGACCAUUCGCGACACUGCCCUCGUCCGCCUGCCCGUCUGGGCCUACGGCGCCACCGUCGGCCGCGUCCUCGGCCCCAAGCGAGCCGACGAGGACGACGAGGAACUCGAAGAGGAAGUCGACGAUGACUCGUCGGAGCCCGGCAAGGCUGUGGCCACGCCGAGCACCGACUCGGCGGCCGAAGACUUUGAGAUGCUGGACAGGUCGACCGACUCGCUGGGCCAGGCCAAGACGACGGGCAGCCAGGCGCAGGGCGGGCGCAGCAAGGGGAACAAGCGCAAGGGCAAGAAGAAGUAA